AUGUCUUCCCCAAAUCCCAAAGUCGAUGUCCAGGAGCGUCACAAGAUUUCCGUCAGAACACUCCCAUCAGAAAACCCAACCAUCUUCAAAGAAUCCACCUUCUUCACACGAAACGGCCCAGGAACCUCCCUCCCAUCCCCCAUCGAGGUUCGCAGUUUACAACGCACGUCAAAUUACAGACCUAUUGUAUUCCCAUCGCUCGGCCUAUUAGUAAAAUACGGGCCUAAUAUCACUAUCGCAGAAGGCCAGUGUUUGUGGGUUCUACGACGUCUGAUCCCAGUACCUGAAGUGUAUGGCUGGUGUGAAGAUAACGGUGAGGUGUUUAUUUACCAGGAACUCAUCGAAGGGGUAACGCUAGAGAAACGAUGGCCUGAGCUGUCACUUGAAGACCGAGUUUCUGUGUGUGAACAGCUGAAAGGGAUGGUAGGAGCGCUGCGUAGUCUGCGACAAGAUCCGGAAGAUCGGUUUCUAGGUCAUAUAAACCGCACACCACUCCUAGACAUCGUAUUCACAGACACCACAAAACCACCCGCCGGACCCUUCACAAGAGUCAAAGCCUUCCACGACUGGCUAUCCUGGAUGACAAAACGAGGUAUGGAGAUACAUUGGCCAGACCCUUCGCUGAUCCCGGAUCCAUAUCGAGAUUUAAUGCCAGAUAACUCCCUAAUCACGUUUACGCAUGCAGAUCUGCAUCCAAGUAAUAUCAUGGUAUCCGUCGAGUCUCCUUGUAAAGUCAUAGCUAUCAUUGACUGGCAUCAAUCGGGGUGGUACCCGGAUUACUGGGAGUACUGUAAGGUUCUCUUUACGGUGGAGGUCGGAGGUGAAUGGGCGGUGGAAUAUAUACCACGAUUUUUGGAGGUUGCGGAGUGUCUUGAUAGUUGGUGCUAUUAUCCCCAGACUCUCGGUUAUUGA